CCCCUCACUCCGCCUCCAGUCGCCCUGCUUAGUUCCUCAAGUUAAAAGUGCUGUCCUGACAGCUUCUAAUUCUUUAUUCCUAAGCUGGUGUGGGGCCAGGCAGGCAGAUCAGAAGGGAGACCUAAGUCCAGAAGUGCCAUGACCAAGUCCACCCAGUAUGUGGUGGCAGCCACCCAGGAUGACCAUCCUGCCAAGACAGCCACCAAUGGGGCCUUGUCCUCUUCCAGCUCAUCCUCCGAGGAGGCUAUCCAGUUGAAGAAGGAGAUCUCACUGCUCAACGGGGUCUGUCUGAUUGUGGGCAACAUGAUCGGCUCAGGCAUCUUCGUCUCACCCAAGGGCGUCCUGGCCUACAGCGGGUCUUAUGGACUGUCCCUCAUUAUCUGGGCUGUGGGGGGCCUUUUCUCUGUUUUUGGGGCCCUCUGCUAUGCUGAGCUGGGCACCACCAUCAAAAAAUCAGGGGCCAGCUAUGCCUAUAUCCUGGAGGCCUUUGGGGAGCUCCUUGCUUUCAUACGACUAUGGACCUCUCUUCUCAUCAUUGAACCCACCAGCCAAGCCAUCAUUGCCAUCACCUUUGCCAACUACUUGGUGCAACCUUUCUUCCCAUCCUGCGAGGCACCCUAUUUGGCUGGCCGUCUCCUGGCUGCUGCCUGCAUCUGCUUACUGACUUUUGUGAAUUGUGCCUAUGUGAAAUGGGGAACCCGAGUACAAGAUAUGUCCACCUACGCCAAGGUGCUAGCCCUCAUUGCCGUGAUCAUUGCAGGCAUCAUCUGCAUUGGACAAGGGCAGACUGAGAACUUCACUGAUGCUUUUGAGGGAUCUGCCUGGGACGUGGGCAACAUUGCACUGGCUCUUUACUCUGCACUCUUCUCCUACUCUGGAUGGGACACCCUCAAUUUUGUCACUGAAGAAAUCAAGAACCCCGAAAGGAACCUGCCGCUCUCCAUUGGAAUAUCCAUGCCGAUCGUCACGGUGAUCUAUAUCAUGACGAACCUGGCAUACUACACGGUGCUGAGCCAGACGGAGAUCCUGUCGAGCGAUGCGGUGGCAGUGACUUUUGGCAAUCAAGUUUUUGGAGUGAUGAGUUGGGUCAUCCCACUUGCUGUGGCUUUAUCCUGCUUUGGAGGCCUUAAUGCCUCUAUCUUAGCUGCUUCCAGGUUGUUUUUCGUUGGCUCCCGGGAGGGGCACCUACCAGAUGCUAUCUGCAUGAUCCAUGUGGAGCGGUUCACCCCUGUGCCGGCCCUGCUUUUUAAUGGAGCCAUGGCCCUGAUUUAUCUUUGUGUGGAGGAUAUCUUCCAACUCAUCAACUACUACAGCUUCAGCUACUGGUUCUUUGUCGGCCUUUCAAUUGCAGGUCAACUCUACCUUCGCUGGAAGGAACCAUCCAGGGAACGUCCGCUCAAGUUGAGCAUCAUCUUCCCCAUCAUUUUUUGCCUGUGCACCAUCUUUCUGGUGGCUGUACCACUCUACACUGACCCCAUCAAUUCGGCCAUCGGCAUUGCCAUAGCAGCGUCUGGGCUUCCGGUCUAUUUCCUGGUGGUGCGAGUCCCAGAGCACAAGAAACCACACUGCUUACGCCGAGCGACAGCCUGUGUGACCCGGCUGAUCCAGUUAGUGUCCCUGUCUGUCCUGACAGAGAUGGACCCUCCCUCUGAAGACAAGUCUCAGUGAUGAAGAGAUGACUGCUGGGAGAGGCCGGCUUCUCCCCCCACCCCUUGCAAUGGACUCUUUCUGAGACCCCUAAUUUAUUAUUUGAUACUUGCUGCAGGAAUAUUUGUGGUGGUUUCUAUGGGGCAGAGUGGAUCUGUUUUUGGUGGCCCAGCCCAGUAAAUACGCAGUCUCCACA